AUGAGGAUAGAAGGAGAAAAAGGUGUGAAAACACAAUCCGCGCCAAAACAUUGGCCGCGGACGCGCAAAGAGAAUUUUGGCCGAGCAAUUUCCAAUCUGGCCGACCGUCACGGUCGAGCCGGGAAGGAAUGCGUGCUCGGCCGGAUUGAUCUAUCGCGCGACAAAACGUUCGCGCACGCACGAACCGGGAAAGAAGGCCGCGAUCGGCCGAAAUUUUGUAUCGGAACGGACCGACCGUGCCGGUCGAUCCGGGAAACAAACGAUCGGCCUCGGCCGAAAUCUCUCGGCCACGAAAAUUUGGCCGACCAAAUCGCUCGACCGCGACAAAAUCGGCCAUCGGCCAAAACUUUUCUCGGCCAAGAACAUGUGGAGAGUCCAACAAGAGGAGAAGAUGAUUGGGCACUUGUAACCUUUGUUGGAGAACAAAAUCAAGACCCAAGAAAGUGUAAGAAGGCAAUGGAGAAGGUGAACAUCGAGCCAUGUGUGAAGAUGGACACCCAAACCCUUGAUCUUCUCAAGAUAAGAGAUGAUGUCACAUGGUACAUAAGGAAGCUAGGCUUGAGCAAGCUCUUCAAGCUAGAGUGUAGUGAGUACUCACAACUCACCAAGGAGUUCCUCUCCACAGUAGCUCUUGCCUUUCCCAACCACAAUGGAGACCAACCAGCUGGUGAUGGACUCCUACUCUUCAAGAUAGGCGAUGCCAAUGGGCGCAUCUCAUCUCAGCUCUAUGCCAACUCUUUGGACUUCCCAAUGAGACAGCACAUGACUUCAAGGAGAACUCAAAGAGGAAACAAGCUGCCUUUGCUGAUUGGACACACUUUGCCAAUGAACCAUUCUUGCCUUCAAGGUCAAAGGUGUCUAGAAUCACCCAUCCAGCCAUUCGCUAUGUGCACCGCCUCAUCUCCACCACUUUCCAAUGCAAACAAGAAGCCAACAAGGUCACAACUGAUGAGUUCUACAUCCUCACCACACCAUUCAUCAAGCAUGAGUACAAGGCCAACCUUGGACUUUUACUUGCCAAGACAUUAUCAAUGUGAGGAAGCUAGCUCAAGACUUGGAAGGCAACAAGAAGCUUUGUGUUCGUUUUGGGAGGCUUAUCACGGCCAUAGUACUGCAUGUGGGGAUUGA